UUGUCCAGCCUUGAUAGUUUUAAGUCUUUAAAAGCAUAUUUCAUUUUCAAUUGUCCGAUGCUGCCAUACUCAAGUAUUUCAACCACCACCACCACCACCACCACCAUAAUUACAAUAAAAACAAUUUCACUAACCACUACCAUCUAAUAUCCGAGUAAAUAGAGAGAGAAAACCUAACACAUAAAAGGUUAAUAAUAAAAAAAAAAAAAGGAAAUCAUAUUCUAAAUACGGUAUUUAAAAACAAAUACAGGAACGGAAGAAGUAACUUUUUAUCUUUUAUUAUUUUGAAAACUUCACAGGAUGAAAAAAUAGAACACUAAAACAAUAUUUUCAACAGUUUCUUGACUUUCCAUUUUGCAAGAAAGUAAUAUUUAUAAAUAAUAUUAUUUAUGCAACUCAUUGAUUCUUUCAACGGAUCUGUCGAUCGUUUCCAUUUUAAAUAUUUUACUAUUAAAUAAGAUAUAGUACUUUAAACUAUGACUUCGACUGCCAGGACAGAGGAACCACUCAAAGAUAGGAACUAUCGUGGACCAGUCACCAACAGGUCAUGUACUGACAUUAUAUGCUGCAUAAUUUUUAUUAUUUUCAUCGUGGCCUUUGCUGCUGUCGCCAUUUUUGCCUAUGUCAAAGGAGACUAUAAGCUUCUACUUUACCCGAUGGACUCUGAGAACAAUUUGUGUGGACUUGGAAAUAUGAAAGAUAAGCCAUAUCUUCUAUUCUCAGAUAUAACGCGGUGUAUAUCACCUAUUGUCUUUCUAAUGGGAUGUCCAACUCCCCAGAUAUGUGUCAAAAAGUGUCCGAACAAAACGGAACCUCUCCCAAAACAAUAUUGUUCUGAUGUAAAUAUACCUGAAAAGGAUUGCCCUCCAUAUGUGAUUCAGUCCAAAGAUCUGGUGAAUAGAUGUGUUCCUGAUAUUACCGUACUUGGUAAAGCCGCACUUCACUUAAAAGAUGCUUAUAAUCAUACUGUGAAAGAUGAUGAUUUGAUAAGUUCAACAAAAAUGAUGAGAGGUGUAUUUAAAGCAAAGGCUUAUGCAGAACAAAUUAUCAAUGAUGUUAUGAGAUCUUGGUGGAUUAUCCUGGUUGCUUUAAUUAUUACUAUGUUUGUGUCACUGCUGUGGAUUUUCUUAAUGAGAUGGAUAGCUGGUAUCAUGGUAUGGUUAGGAGUGAUUGGUUUCUUGGUUUUAUUUGCAGCUGGUUGUGGUGUAGCUGCUUGGAAGUACACUGUUUAUAAGGACUCUGAUGAGAUCAUCAACAUUGGAUUCAACCCACUUCUGUUUACAGUUUCAAAAGCAAAAUUCUAUUUGUGGACAAGUAUCAUUACUGGAGUUGUAUUCCUUAUUUUCUUGCUUAUAUUACUGGUGCUCUUUUCUCGCAUUCGGAUUGCAAUAGCAUUGAUCAAAGAAGGAAGCAGAGCUGUUGGCAGUAUCAUGUCUACAUUGUUAUGGCCAAUUAUUCCAUUCAUCUUACAAAUCGGCGUGAUUUUCCUGUGGCUUUCUGUAGCGGUUCAUCUUUAUUCCAUUAAUCGAUCAGUAAAUUCUACAGAAAGUGUUGAUAUCAUAUCUCAGGUUGAAUCAUUCUGUUCAGAUCUAACAACUAAUGAAACUAAUGCCUGCAGUGUGAUGAAAACUAUGGAAUCGUAUACUAUUUAUCUUCAAAUCUAUGCUCUGUUUAUGUUUUUCUGGUUGGUCAAUUUUGUAUCGGCAAUGGGUCAGCUAACCUUGGCUGGAGCAUUUGCUUCUUACUACUGGUCUUUUAACAAGCCUGAUGACAUUCCUAGCCUGCCUCUACUCAAAUCAUUCUGGAGAUGUUUCAGAUAUCAUUUUGGCUCCUUGGCAUUUGGUUCCCUGCUUAUUGCCAUAGUUCAAAUGAUCCGAUUGCUGCUGGAGUACCUCGACCAUAAACUAAAGGAUGUUGAAAACCCAGUAGCUAAAUUUAUUCUGAAAUGUAUGAGGUGUUGCUUCUGGUGUUUAGAAAAAUUCUUGAAAUUCUUAAACAAGAACGCUUACAUUAUGAUUGCUGUCCAUGGAAAAAACUUUUGUGUAUCUGCAAAAGAUGCUUUUAAGCUAAUAUUCACAAACAUUGCCAGGACUGCUGUGAUUGAUAAAUCUACCAGUUUUGUCCUAUUCCUGAGUCGGCUUGCGAUUGUUUGUGCUAUUGGAUUUGCAUCAUAUGUGGUUUUUGGUCAAAAAAUAAGUCUUGAUGCAACUAAAUACAUUGAUGAUCUACAGCUCAACUUCCAUGCGGUUCCAAUCGUGAUCAUUAUUAUUGGUACCUAUAUCAUCACAUCACUGUUCUUCAGUGUUUAUGACAUGGCUGUGGAUACCCUGUUUCUGUGUUUCUUGGAAGAUCUUGACGUGAAUGACGGAUCUGCUGAAAAACCAUAUUUUAUGUCAAAGCAGCUUAUGUCAAUUUUAGGAAAAAAUAACAAAGAAACAGAAAAAUGAUCACUUAUAAAACCAUUCUGAAAUGUUUGAAACCUGUUUUUUUUUUUCUAUCUUGUCAUAACUUUCUGUAAUCUAUCUUAAGUUUUAUGUACCAUGCUGAUAUAUAAUUAUCCUAUAAUAAUUAUCCUAAAUAAUAACUUCAAAUUUAAUACUUUUUCUAAUCAUUAUUGAUAUCAUUUAGUAUUUUUUUUUUUUUAUAUAGUUUCUAAUAACAUUCAAAAUUAAAUUUAUUAUAUCUUACUGAUGUUAUAAUAAUUAUUAUCUAAAGGCUCUGGUAAUCUACUUAAAGACACAUUACAUUUUUGUCAAUAACUACUAGUAACUCAAGUAUUUUAUACUACAACCAAUAACACUUUUUGUUUUCUACUUUAUUUUCAAAAUAACCUUCUUUACUAUAUUUAAUUUUUUUUAUUCAUAAAUAAAUCACUUGUGGGAUAUUUUACCUAUAUAUUUUCAAUGUUCUACCUUCAUGAAUGAUUAACUUGUGUAAAAAUUACUGUGUAAAACUUAAUGAAUUUACAACAGAGAAUAUGUAGCACCAAAAGUGAUUGUCAGUAAUGAAAAAGUAUUGAGAAUAAUUUAGGUCAAAACAAUGACUCUUUCAUUUAUUUAUGAGUAAAUAAUUACUGGAAAUCAUUUAACUACUUUUAGACAUUCAGCUAAACAAAAGUAAACCUCAUGACUUGCUGCAUAAUGUGACACUAUAUUAUUUGAAAUGUUAACUACUUUAUAAAGACAAAGAUCUAAGAAUUAUUUCCCAAAUUUAAUGCUUAGAGUCUUGACAAUAUGUUGAAUUUAGUGAGGGUAUUGUAUUAGUUCCAUAUUACAAGGCUGUGAGCUAUAUUAUGAUUGGUAUUUCCUGUUAGUUCUGUCGCUGCCAUUUUUUAGAAGAAAAAAAAAGUAAUGAUCUUGAUUUCAUCUGAAUUCACAUGUUGCCUUUGCUAAAGAACUGUUGUUCAACUGAAAAAUUCACUUAACUAUUGUUUAUAAAGUUAUUAUGCAAAAUAUAAAAUGUAUUGUGGUUAUAUGAGAUGUUUUAUUUUGAUGUAAAUGUAGUUUAGCCAAUGAAAUUGGCUAUGGAGACAUCUAAAUUAUGGUCUUAAUGUCUAGUUCCACAAGAUACUUCUUUAAACAUAUACUGGGACAAAGGAAUAGUGUUGAUUAAGUGUCAAGUGCUAAGUAUUGUAGUUUACUUAGUGGUCUUGAGUUCAAUCUGUGUAUCAGUCAACCUAAAUACACUCUGGUUCAAGCAGAUAAGCAAGUGACAUCAUGAGUAGGAGAACAGCCAAACAGAAUAGUCUUAGGACAAUAAAAUGACACCAAUCUAUCCCUGUGUUCUAAAUAAAGGGCUCAAAAUUACUAGAACAUUACUGAAUGUAAAAGUCACUUGAAGAAAACCACAAGAAGCAAUAACUAAAAUAUCACUAACAGCCAUGAGGAGGACACUAAUUCAAAUACAUCAGUGCAUAGUAACCCUUGGGGUGUUGGAUAAUCUCCAAAGUUUUUAUCUUAAUGUUGUAAAGGAUGCACUGGAGUUGUUGUUUUUUUGUUUGUUUUUUUUCUCUCAGCUAGUAAGAGAUUUGAACUCAGCAGUGCAGAUUAAUAAAGUGCUUGUCAAUUAUACAGUGAUCUAUAUACAGAAGGGAACUGUGCCUCUCCAGUGUUUCUAGUUACAGGUAGAUGUACAGUGACUUAAUAGUUUAGUACCUACAAAAUUUAUAGUUCAUCACCUGUGAUGAGGAAACAAAUUUACAAUCUUUUCGCCUGACUAAGACUCUCAUAAAAGAGAAUGAUCCUUGAUUUUAGUUUUCCCUAAAUCAUUUUAUAAUAAAUAAUGUUGGGGUUCUGUGAUAAAAGCAUCUAUGCAAUUACUCAUCCUACUAUAAAUAGCAGUCAAAUCUCCCUCAAAUCACAUCCUACCAUCUUACAAAAAGGAGAUACUGGACAAUAUAGUCCCUGAUAUACAAAAAACAAAACUAGUCGGUCAUUGCUGAGAUAUUUUUCAGCAUAGAUCUACUGGAUCAGACUUAUCUGAGGCAAACAGCAGCUAAAGAUCCAAGAAUCAGGAACAUUCACACACAUAAAAAAAUUGGAUCCUUUUAAGACAAUUUCAUAAGUUCUACUUUUUUAUCUUUUGUGAUAGAGAAAUUAUGAAAUCAAUCCUAUUUUUGAGAGAGAAUUCAAUUUUAAUUCAUUUUUCGUUAGCAUAUAAGCGAAGUCUCCACUUCCUUACAUAUCCAUUUUGCAAAAAAGAAAUUAUCGAAAUAUUUAAAAUUAUUUUGUAGAUUUCUUGCUUUUAAAAAUUGUUUGAUUUAAAUAAUGUUACUUGAUACAUGAUGUGGCAAAGUACCUAAUUAUGAGAUAAUAAAAUUCAUUCAUUCAUCUGUAAAGGGAUUAUAAAACAUUAUUUUUAACAUUUCACUUAGAAUCAAUGAUAUAAUCACAUUGUUAUAUGUGCCUUUAUACAUAUAUAUGUAUAUAUAGUGUGUGUAUGCUCAUGUGUAUAUUACCCUUAUCCUAAUCUUUAUUUUUGGAUUAGAAAUUAAGCUUUUUACGGUUAUCAAUUUGUGUUGCAAGAUUCCUGAUGUGAAAUCGUGUAUUGAAACCAAUAUUGUUGUAUUUCGAGAUGGUCAUAUUUUUGCUUUUUCUUUUGCCAAAUAAACACACGCAUUAUAUAUUUUUUCCUUCGUUCAUUUAUUACUGUACUUAUUUUAUUAUUUUAAUUCAUGUCCAUUGUCCAGAAAUUUUUUGUCACACAUCUGUGACUUCUUCAGCAACACUUUUCAUUUUCAUGUGUGUUCUUGCUUCACUUACUCCAUUCUGUUCUUCUCAGGUGUGUAUCCUUAUGUGCACAUGCAUUUGUCUCCUUGUUUGUGUGUGUGUCAUAGCUUUUAGCAUCAGUGUGGCCUUCUCCUCAGCAGUCCCAUCCUCUUGCCCCAUUGUGCUGCUGCUGCUGUCUUAAGAUCAAAAAAUAUUUUUCAGAUUUUAGGACAGCAGGAGCAGCACAAUGGGGCAAGAGGAUGGGGCUGCUGAUAAGAAGGCCACACUGCUGCUAAAAACUAUGACACCACACACACAUGCACACACAAACAAGAAGACAAACACGUGCACAUAAGGAAGUGUAGAAGAACAGAAUGAAGUAAGUAGAACAAGAACACACGUGAAAAGGAGAAGUGUUGCUGAAGAGGUCACAGAUGUGUGACAGAAGAUUUCCGGACAAUGAACAUGAGUUAAAAUAAUAAAAUAAGAACAAUAAUAAACGAGUGAAAAAAUAUAUAUAUAUAGUGCGUCUGUUUAUUUGGCAAAAAAAAAAAUGACCAUUCCAAAAUACAACAAAUUUGCUUUGUGUACAAUUCCCAAUAUUCUUACUAACAAUUGUUAUUUUUUUACAUCUGUUUUAAUUAACUAUCAUUAUUUUUUAGUUUGCAUUAUUUUGUUAUUCUCCAUGUUAAAAAGAUAGGGUAGGGAUCACUUAAGUGACAUUUCCUCUAACCUAGUUGAGUAGUUGAUUGCUAAUUGUAAUUUGAGAAUUAAACUUCAUAGGAAACUUAGUUUUAUGCUAAUUUUGUUCAAUGUUAGCAUAAAAUUAGGGAGUGGUUAAAAUAAUAAUUUAAUCUAAACUUGAAUUUCAAAUGUUGUUCCCACCCUACUUCCAGUCUCUGAUAUAAUCCAAGAACUGGUAGCAUAUAGAAACUAUAAUUUUCUUUGUUUUGUAUUUUAUGUCUAUAAUUUUGAAAUAAGCUUUUAGAAUGUAGGCUGUUAUCAGGUUGUUAUUCCUGAUUUGCUGAACUAUUUUCUAAUUGAAAAGGAUGUAAAUGUUACUUGUAUCCAAAAAUAUUUAAGAUUUGACAUUGUACAUUUAAUUUUCUCAAUUUUACUUUUCAAUGUUUUUGGAAAAAUUAUUUGAAAAAAUUAUUCUGAAAAAACUAUUUGAAAUAUUAAAAUAUAUUGCAUUAAGCUUCAUAUUUUGGUCAUUUGCUAUAUCUAGCUACAUAUAUUAUGAAUAGCUUUAGGAAUAUAAACAAGAAAAUCUUUAAAAUGUCCAUGUGUGCAUAUUUUAAAUAUAAAUCUGUAAUUAGCAAAAUCAUUCUCUCAAGAGUUGUAUAUGAAUCUCUAUAUGAAAGAAUGAAAAAGUGUUAUCCCCCACUUAAAUUGUAUUUAACAUGCAAUCAGAUAGAAGUGUGAUAAUGUAUAUAUUUAUAUAUGAUGUAUUUUUGUAAUUUAAAGACAAUAUAUAUAUGUAUAUCUUUUGAGAGAAUGAGUCCAAAGAAUGAGACGUGUAAACUGUAUUUUAAUCUGUUCAUUUGUCAAUGAAUAGCUUUGCUACACAUAACAAGACCUGUAAAUGCUACAGUUAAACAAUUAUCAUACAGAUUUUUAACUUUGAAAGAUUUUUUGCAUUUCUAGUUUAAUGACAGCCAUAUUUGAAUGAUAAACAAUUACAAAAAAAAAUUACAUUUUCUAAACUUGCAUUUUAGUUUAUUUUCCUUUAAAUAUGAAUAAUUUCAUGAAUUGUGUGAUAUAAAUUCCUUUUCAUAUCUUAUAUAGCAUAGUGAAAGUUUUUUUUCUCUCUUCGCCCCCCCCCCACUCUGAGCUAAAGAAUAGAUAAACUGGAGAUAAUUCAAACCCGUCCAACAGAAGGUAUUUUCCUGCUCUUUCUGUUUACUUUUUGCUAUAUAAUGUUGAAAUGAAAUAAUACUUUGGAAUAUAUUAAUCAUCAUUGUCUGUCUCCCUCUUUCUCUCUCUCUCAUGAAUUAAAACUAUUUUUUUAUCAAAAACUUUUCCCCUUAUACUUCUUUUUGUUUGAAAAUUUUAUUAAUUUUUGUGUUUACCAUUGGUAUCCACUAUUUUAAUAAAAUAAAAUUUUGGUGUGAA